AUGGCGGCUGCCGACGAGAAGUGCGGCGCACUGAACGGGAAGUACGAGCUGGGCCGCCUCCUCGGCCACGGCACUUUCGCGAAGGUGUACCACGCGCGGAACCUGCAGACUGGCCGGAGCGUGGCCAUGAAGGUAGUUGGGAAGGAGAAGGUGAUCCGCGUGGGGAUGAUGGAGCAGGUGACGCGCGAGAUCUCGGUGAUGCGGAUGAUGCAGAGCCACCCAAACAUCGUCGGCCUUCACGAGGUCCUGGCCAGCAAGUCCCGGAUCUACAUCGCCAUGGAGUACGUCCGCGGCGGCGAGCUCUUCGCCCGGGUCGCCCGCGGCCGCCUCCGGGAGGAUGCCGCCCGGGGCUAUUUCCAGCAGCUGCUCUCCGCCGUCGAUUUCUGCCACAGCCGCGGCGUGUACCACCGUGAUCUGAAGCCGGAGAACCUCCUCCUCGACGAGGACGGCCGCCUCAAGGUCACCGACUUCGGCCUUAGCGCCUUCUCCGCCCACCUCCGGCAGGACGGCCUCCUGCACACCACCUGCGGCACGCCGGCGUACGUCGCGCCGGAGGUGAUCGGAAAAAGGGGGUACGACGGGGCCAAGGCCGACAUCUGGUCCUGCGGGGUCAUCCUCUACGUCCUCCUGGCCGGCUACCUCCCUUUCCCGGACGACAACUUGGUCAGCAUGUACAAGAAGAUCUACAGAGGCGACUUCAAGUGCCCGCCGUGGUUCUCGCCGGAAUCCCGUAAACUUAUCACAAAAAUGCUGGAUCCGAACCCGACGACCCGGAUUAGCAUCGCCAAAAUCAUGGACUCGUCCUGGUUCAGGAAAUCGCUCUCGAGAAACCUGAAAACGCCGCAAGAGGAGGAUUUGAAAUUUGGGGAUGAAACGAAAAUGGAGAGCCUGAACGCUUUCCAUAUAAUUUCCCUGUCGGAAGGGUUUGACCUGUCUCCGCUGUUCGAGGAGGAGAGAAAGGGGGAUAGGGAGGAGAUGAGGUUUCCGGCGAGUGGGUCGGCAAGCACUGUGGUGUCCCGGCUGGAGGAGGUGGGCAGGACGAGCAAUUUGAGAGUGAGGAGGAGCGGUGAGACUUGCGUGAGGAUGCAGGGGCAUGAGAGCGGGAGGAAAGGGCGGCUGGGGAUAGCGGCCGACGUCUUUGCGGUGGCCCCGACUUUUGUCGUUGUCCAAGUCAAGAAGUCGAGCGGUGAUACAUUGGAGUACAAUAGCUUCUGCAGAAACCAGCUCCGCCCGGCGCUCAAGGACAUAGUCUGGAGCUCCGCCGCUGCCGCCGGGAAUUAA